AUGGACCCUUCUGCAGGACGAGUGAAUAAAAGGAAGCGUGAAUCUUCCGAUCAGAUGGACAACCCAGUUGGCGUGCAAGAGUGCUCCGAACAAGCGAUAGACUCUUCGAAGCGAGCGUCACCGGGCGAGACAAAGACCACUCCGAUCAACGCAGCCUGCUCACUGACCAGUCAUAUGACACAGAUCCUGCAGCACGAUACCUCUUUCUUAUCAUCGUCCGCUGUCGAGCUGUUGGACCUCUAUCUGUGUCUGUGGGACUGCUACACGAUCAAGUCGGCCAGCAAAAUACGCCUGGAAGAGGAACGUCGCUUCCUGCAAAGCUCACAGGAAUGGCUGGUGGCGGAGAAAGAAAGGCUCCAGCAGUGCUGCAAUCACCAAGUACUGCUGCUGUGGGAUCGUCGUCAGGCCUUCUUCUCUGUACAACAGGGCGUUCUUGGAACAUUGCAUAAUAGUGAGAGACAGUCGUUUCAGGUAAGUGGGAUGCAAUGGGGUUUGGCCGAAACAGAAGAGAUGUGCUCGCUUCUUUCGACCAAGACUCGAGACAUAAGGGCAAAGAGCACGUACUCCACGUCGGCGCUGAUGCUCUUUCUAGACUACGAUUUGGAUCUUGAUCUGGAGUCAAUCUGGAGAGAAUUCCCCAAUAUGCCGACACCGCCACCUUGCCUUGCAGAAAGUCGCAGCACCGUCUCUUCAGACUCAUCGCUCGACAGAUGGCCGGAGCCUGCUCAACAUGGGGCCGAGAAAACUUCUGUCAUCGAAUAUGUUUUCUAUCCCAGCUACGAACACUUCUCCGCCUUCAGCUGGAUGGGGCCAGAUCCAUUAUCGCCAGACACCUGCGGCGAUGAUAUUUUCCUUUAUGUAUCCGCAUUCUUGCUUUUGGAGCGGGUAGACUGGAUAGAAAUCCGGCUCAGUAAGCUCAACACUGAGACUGAAGAGGCUGUUGAGGAGUAUCCGUUCUUCCUUCCACGAGUCGAGUCAAUGCUGAGCAACUUACGGAGGAUACGUGAUCAAGUAAAUGGCAUCCUCUCGCAGAGUUCUACCGCGCAAAGUAUGAAAAGCGCUGGACGAUCAUUGUUUCAAUUAGCUAUAUGGCCCAGGGUGGAGUUCAAUGCUACCAUCUCGAGUUCGGUUCCGUUGUCUCGCAUUCACCCCUCCAUUUCUAAGCCACUUCUUGAUCCACAGGUCUUUGUGCAGAACAUAGUGGGAAGCUGGGAACUCUGA